AUGCUUUGGCGAUUAUCAAAAGAAGACGAAGCCAUGUCAAGGGGAUUGUGAUGAAGUUGGUAUUCAUCUCCAGUUCGCUUCAAUCACGACCCUUUGUCAAGGGCAUACUACAUCUCUCGUCACCUUGCAUAAUCUCCUAUUCAUUCGAGGCCCGCCGAAGUAUUUCCACAUCAGUAUUUCGGUUCCAGAUGGCGCCAUCAAGCCCUUUGGAAGCCACUGUAAUUGACGGCAAGAAGUACAGAAAUGUACGCGAAGGUCUGGCAUCGGUUCUGGCCCCAUACAGCCAGGACAGCCGACCAUCUGGCAAACAGACCCGGAAUAAUGAUGAAGGCGAUCAAGCGGUCUUUUACAAUCCCAUUCAACAAUUCAACAGAGACUUGAGUGUUCUUGCUAUUACAGUCUACGGCGAGGGUGCUGUGGUAGAGAAAGAAGCUCGGCUCGGCCAAAAGAACCAUGCUAGGAAGAGUGCAAAGGAGAGGAAGAAGCAGAAAUCGAAGACCGACUCUCAUGAUGCAACAGCGGCGGAACCUCCUGCAACCCAUACCGACGGUGGCAAGCGGAAUGCUCGCGCCACAGCGGAUGUGAAUGGUGAUGCUGUCGAGAGUGAAUCGAACGACAAAGCCAAAACGAACGAUGAGGCCGCGGGGAUUGCAACAACCCUUGACACAGCUGUGGAACAGGCUAACGGUCGCAAACGUAAAGCGGACGAGAUAACAGAUCCAUAUACCGGACCAAGUGCGGCUGACCCGAGCAAAAAGGCCAGAACAAGUGAUGAUGUUGAAGAAGAUGAGGACGAUUUGCUAGUCGAGGCAUUCAGCAGUGACCCAUUGGCUGAGAAAGGUGCGGAAAGAGAAAAGAAUCAGAACGGUGGCACAAGACAAGAAGGCAACUUACAAGAAGCUGCCACCUCGAGUGUUUCAGCAUCUACCGAGAAACGUAUACCUUUCACCAUUCUAGACGCAUUAUCUGCAACUGGUCUCCGAGCUUUGCGUUAUGCCAAAGAAAUACCUUUCGCCACGAAUGUUGUCGCAAACGACUUGUCGCCUGCAUCGGUGCAAGCAAUCGAACUCAACAUCAGGCACAAUGACGUGAAAGACAAGGUCCACUCCAAUCUAGGCGACGCUCGUGGCUUCAUGUACAGCAAGGUUGGAAACGAAAAGCAACGACAGGGAGAUGGGUACGUACAUCGCUUUGAUGUUAUCGACCUGGAUCCUUAUGGUACUGCUGCGCCCUUCAUCGAUGCCAGCCUCCAAGCUCUGCAAGACGGUGGAAUGCUUUGUGUUACGUGUACCGAUGCAGGUGUUUUUGCUUCAACAGGAUAUCCCGAGAAAACUUAUGCACUUUAUGGCGGCAUGCCUGUUAAAGGUCCACAUUCGCACGAGGGCGGGUUACGACUGAUCCUGAACGCCGUUGCGAUCGCUGGUGCAAGAUAUGGCCUGGCUAUCGAACCCUUGCUUUCUCUUUACAUCGAUUACUAUGCUCGAACGUUCAUCCGAGUCCACCGAAAACAGAACGAGGUUAAAAUGCUCGCUGGAACUACUAUGACCGUAUACAACUGUGCACAUGGCUGCGGUGCAUGGACAACACAACCUUUGCUGCGAAAUCAACCACAAACCUCAAAGAAUGGUGAAACAUUCUACAAAUUCUCUUUCGCACAAGCACCGUCGACUACCCCCGACUGCGAGCACUGUGGUUCAAAAUUGCAUCUAUGCGGUCCUAUGUGGGCUGGUCCACUCCAUAAUCCACAUUUUGUGCAGCGAAUGCUGGACAAGAUACCAUCCCUGGACAAGAACGUAUAUGGCACGACAGAGCGGCUCGAAGGGAUGCUCACUCUUGCUCUAGAAGAAGAUCUGUCACCUCAACCCUCUCCAGCCGCCACCUCAGCAGCACAGCAUGCGACAACAUCUGACACCAAAAUCAUUCCGCGGCUACCACCCAACGUCAUCGAUGGUGCUCCGUUCUUCAUUAUUCCUAACCAAAUAGCGAAAGUCAUCCACUGCGCAACCCCAUCAGAGAAUAUGAUACGAGGCGCUAUCCUCAGCACAGGUUAUCGUGUCACCCGCUCGCACUGCAAGCCCGGCAGCAUCAAGACCAAUGCACCCUGGAGUGUGCUCUGGGAGAUUAUGCGGGAAUUCAUGCGUACGAAAGCCCCAAUCAAGGAAGGAGCCGUCAAAAAAGGCACCCCAGGCUGGAACAUUCUAUCCAGAGUUAGAGGAACAGAGAGAUCCUUCGUUUCGGGGCUGGCAGACCUUACGAAAGAUCAGCUUAAGAGGUGUGAGACUAAGGAAGAUCUCAAAACGGUCCUGCAUGGGAUGCUUGGAAGGCUGGAGAAGGACAAUCCCGCUUCCAGUGCAGGAGGUGAAGAGGCCACCACACAAACAAAUGGCAGGCUCGAAGAAAGCGAGGCUUUGAGCGAAGACCAGCCUCGUCGGUCUCGCUCCAGGAGUUCAUCAACCGUAGAAACGGGUAAGCUCAAGAUUGUCUUCGACGAGAAGUUGGGGAAAGAAAAGCCCCGAGCCAAGCUUGUGAGAUAUCAGAUGAACCCGAGGGAAAAUUGGGGUCCUAUGAGUCGGGCUGGAAAGAUGGGCUGAAGAUGACACCACAAAAGAGAAAACUGCCUUCGCAUACCCACAGUCGCCACUUGAGCAAUGAUUGACACACCUGCCAACACUGCUCUUAGUGUAGCCGUUGACCACGAUGGCGUACGAGCAUGUGAUUUGGUUUCCGGACUUGAAAGUGUUCAUACCAAAGCAUUUAGCACGUUUGCAGGAUUCAGAAUAGAUGUGC